CCUCAUCUCCCUGCCGGGUUAUUAGCACCGCUUUUGGGGCUCUCCCUGUCACGUCCGGCGGUGACGCAAGGCUCCUCAGUGUGCACAGGGCUCCAUGGCUGCCUCCUCCUCAGCGUUACCUCUCUGUCCGGAGGACUCCCCUUCCUGAGCCAUAAUUCACCAGACAGCCGAGCUGUGGAGUUAUAUAUAUCAGCAGGACUGCCAUUGGGAACGUCCUGAGGGCGGGCGGGCACUCACUGCGGGGUCACACUGACAUCUACUUCACUGAAAUACCCACUCACAGCGAGUGUCACUCAGACACACACUCAAGGUGGCAGCCACAGCACUCGGAUACACACCCACUCACUGGGUGGAGGCAGCGGGGUGCACACAGACACACUGGCACACAGUCACUGCCGCACACAUAUCCCCUCAGCCCGGGCUGCCAACAUGCUUGCGCUCAGACUUCUGGCCAUGGGAUUUUACCUCCAGCUCUUCUUCUCCUUCAUCCUCUCCCAGACUUCCUUCAUUGACAAUGUCUUCCCAAUUCCUGCAGAUUUUGUUUCUUUAGAACAGAAGAAGCGACCGAAUAAUGGAGGAUGUUGUCUCUUAACACCUCCACCACCACCAUUUUUUCCACCACCACCAUUCUUCAGAGAACGCAGAAGCACAAUAUUAGACCUGGAUAAUACAAACUCACCUUUGGAAUUAAAUCCCACAAUACCUUUAUGUGUACCAGGCCCACCUGGGCCAGAAGGACCUCCAGGACCUCAGGGGCCUUCAGGAUUUCCAGGGACAGCUGGACCAAAAGGAGAAAAAGGUGAAAUUGGUAGGCCGGGAAGAAAGGGCAAGAUUGGUCCUCCUGGUGUGCCAGGUAUGCCAGGCACUAUAGGACCUCCAGGACCAAUGGGACAAAAGGGUGAAAAAGGGGACUCUGCAUCACUAGGAAUAUCGGGAUCAAGAGGACCAAUGGGCCCCAAGGGUUUUCCUGGCAUGAAAGGAGAAAAGGGUGUAAAAGGAGACAUGGGUGAAAGGGGUCCCAAAGGUGAACAGGGCUUUAUGGGUCUUCCAGGAAUGCUUGGGCAAAAAGGAGAGAUGGGCCCAAAAGGAGAACCAGGAAUUCCGGGAACUAGAGGACCUACUGGUAGACCUGGAAAGCGGGGCAAACAGGGGGACAAGGGCAUGACCGGUGCCAUGGGACUUAUGGGCCCACCUGGAAGACCAGGGUCUACUGGGCCACCUGGGCCACCAGGACCAGGGCAAUUAAUUAAUGGACCAAAAGGAGAGCGAGGACUUCCUGGACCUCCAGGGAGAUGUCAUUGUAAACAUCCUCAGUCUGUGAUUGAUGAAUCAUUUAAUGGCUAUAAUUAUGCUAAGAUUUUUCUGGUCAACAGUCAAGAGGAGCUGGACAGGUUGGAUAUUGAGAACGCAUUAGCAUUUCGUAAGGACCGAAGAUCUCUUUAUUUUAGAGAUUCAAAUGGUUGGUUUCCUAUACAGCCAACAUCUACCCUAGCUGAUUCCAGUGGCACCUGUGGGGAUGGCAUAGUCCAACCAGGAGAAGAAUGUGAUGAUGGUAAUAGAAUUGUCACUGACAGCUGUAUUGAAUGCAAGCGGGCCUACUGUGGGGAUGGCUAUCGACAAGAGGGGGUGGAGGAAUGUGAUGACAAAGACUUUGGCUAUCAGUCCUGCAGAACAUAUCUCCCAGGAUCUUAUGGACAACUGCGAUGCACAACUUAUUGCUAUAUUGACUCUACACAGUGUCGAUAUUUUACAUGAGGUAGACAUAGAAAAGAGAGAAUGAUUCACGAUGUCACAAAUACAUCAGGUGCUAUCGUACAAGAAAUUCAACAAGACUAAGCAAAAUGCUAAACUUAAAGUCUGAAUGAAGAAUAAUCUGCUGCUGAUGGCUUUAUAAGAAUUGUUACAAUUAUGUCUGACUGGAAGAAAUUGGACCACUGCAUCUUGUCUUAAUAGACCAUGCCAAACAAUACUCGCCAGAAAAGCUUGUGCACAGGAAACUCACAGGACAAACUGCUGGGACAGCAACUUUCACACAUCUGGAAUAUUGUAUUAAUAAGACAACAUUACCUCGACUUAGCACUGUUAUAUGUGGAAAUCAGACUUUUUUAUUUUAUUUUUUUCUGCCAAUUGCAAUUGUGAAAACCAAACAUACUCUGACUUGUGUUGUUUUUAAAGAACACUAACCUCUUAAUAACAAUAAUCAUAAUGUGAAAAUGGAACGUACUGUAUAGACUUUGUCAAUCAGAAUUAUAGAAAUGGAAAAAAAUGGGGCUCCUCUUUCUUUGGUGCACAUAGGCAGGAAAUGAGAAGACGAGAAAUGGGAUUACUGGGAAGGAAGGCUGCAUGGAGCCGAGAAUCAGGUCCUUGCCUUUUCAUGUGGUCGAGUUGGACAAAGCAUUGUAGACCAAAGACUCUACAAAGUUGUGUGAUGCACAAAUUGUGCUUAUGUUAGCAGCUUCUUAACCCAAGUACUAGGUCUAGAGACAAAACAACUGCAUUUAUAGGGUGACUAAGUAUAGCCACAGUAUUGGCAGUUAUACUUAACAUGGCGGAAAAUAAAAAAUGUUAAUAAUAGCAAAGAAUAUAAUAAAUUUAGGUGAAUUAAAUAUUUUAUAACUAAUUAUAUGUAUAUAAGUAGUAUAACCCAGCAAAUAAUUCUAACUAUACUUUCUUGCUGCCUAAACAUGAUUACAUAGAACACAUGAUGCUAUAAAUCAGUCAUCUGUUAUCAUUAAAGGGCUUGUCCAGGGUAGGAUUCAGAUAAACAUGUCUGCUUUGUUUCUUGAAUGCCAGUUUUGUGCACAGCUUGGAUGUGGUAUUGCAAUUCCAUACAUAGUCCAUGGGCAAGAAUGGCUCUUUCUGGAGAAAAAACAGACCCGUUUUUCUAGUCCUGAGCAACCGCUUUAAAUUUCUUAUAUGCUCAUUUUUUUUGGUUUCCUCACAUUUUUUGCUGCUCCAGUGAUUCACUUUUUUUAUUACCUUACUUUUACCAACGUAUCAGUCAUAUGUUUUGCAGUGUCCUAGUGUUGUCAUAGUUUUGUAUAAUGUCGGACAGUCUUGGCUCCACGUCUGUUUGGCAGGUUCCAAAUAUCCCUGUAUUGUGCAUACGCUGUGAAAUUGCAAUUGAUGUACAUGCUGCCUGUUGUAUGAACAUUUAUUUAUUCAAUAUAUCAAGGUUUGACUUGACUAAAGAGCUCUAGACUGUUAAAUGUAGACUUUCAAACAAUGUUCUAAUCCCUGCCUGAUCCCACCACAUAUGGGUCCCUUUACAGAAACUCAAGUUGUAAAAUUUGUAAUAGCAGGUGAAGAAUUGACGUGCAUGUCUUUACAGAUCUGGUGACAGCAUCUAAACCACAAAAUCAAAAAGUAAUGAAAUGCAAAGAAGAUGCAUUAAUAUAUGUAGUGUAUGUAUGCAUUUAUGUCAUUGUUAUCAACUGAAAUCUUCCUUACCUGCAUGUCCUUACCUGCAUCCCCAAUAAAAUAAAACAAGCUGCU